GCCAACUCUCUGAACCGCAUCCUGCGUCUGUGUCGGAUCUCCACCACAGAAAGCCCGACCAGCCUCCUACCAGACCGCAAAGGUGACUUCAAAGAAAUAGAUCUCAAUUCACAGUAUUCUCAUUUCUCAUCAUACAGACGGCCGUUCAAGUCCGCUUGACUGCCCCCUACCGGUGGUACAUCCCCUCCAAGGGGAGCAGUAAACAACUCACGUCGAUCAGUCACACUACUGUCCAACUUUUCUUUCACGCCGUUACGAACCCUAACGACUCUACGGUUCUCUCUCUUAUGUUUUCGCUAUUGCCAAUGUCGCAUUGUGCCUUCUCGAGACCCUAAUAAUCCGACUCUCGUUGACGUUACCACGAGAAAAACACCCGAACCAUGGAACCACUCACGCUAAGACCGCGAACGCCAGUCGAGAUGCCAGACGUGGAAAAUUGGGACGACGAUGACUUUGAAAACCUACAAGAUGUACAUUUUCGCACCGCUUCAACCGCAACUUCAAUCGUUUCACAUCCUCAAACAAAUCACCGAGAUUCGGUGUCCUCCCGCAUGUCGAUGCGCUCAGAGUCAAAUCAAGGGGAUGAAAACUGGGACGUGGUAGUGGAUGAACAAGCUUCCAUCAAGGAUGCAUUAGCUCUAGCAAAAAGCAAAGGGAUACCACUACCCUCAAACGUGCCGCGUUCAGCUCUCGAAGGUGGAACUAUCAGACGGCUCAAGGGGAAAGAAAUUAAGAAGGCAAUUGCCGAUGACUGGUCGGAAGAUCUGGAUUUGCCAGGAACUGACAUUCCUCUGAAGCUCGCAAAACACGAUGAUCGUGAUCUAUCAGAGAGUUUGCGUCAAAUUAGUGCAGCUUUCAGGACCUCACCCAAAACUCCCGAGUUGAAGGAUCUACUCGAUAAGACGGUACGAUCACCAAAGUCUCGAACAGCACCCACUCCCAUCACUUUGGAAGCCUUCCGCGACACAGAGGAGGAUGCAGGUUUUGGAGAUGUGCCAACUAUAAAAGUUGCGAAGCACAGAUCUCCUCAAAAGCCACUAUUAUUUCAGCAGCCCCCUACCCCUGUCAAAACAGAAAUGGAAAACAUUGAAGAAGAUCUUGAAUUGCCUACUGACGGUCAACUGAGACUGUCUACGAGGAAGGCACCUCAGACUCCGCAACAAAGCGAUGACUUUGACCUCGAAUGGGCUGAAGGCAGCUUAGGUACCAGACACGCUGGAACAAAGAGAGGAGGUCGAUCUGCUCGCAGUUCUUCUGCUUCAGCGCUGAGUCCUAGUGUCUCCAGCGCCUUCACCGCAGAAAGUGAAGAUGAAGGACUUGACGGCCUUGUUCUCCCUACUGGGCCUAUCAAGUUCGAAGACAAACUCAAAAAGCGACAACAAGAACACGAACCUGAAUCCCCUGGUCACUCUGCAGUCAGACAUGACAUUAGACGGCCCUCUGGUAAAGAUGACUUCUUCACUGGUCUUGAGCUCGGCGAUGGAGAAGUCUUCGAUCCUGCCAAGUUGACCCUCAACCGAAACGUCAAGCAUAAAUCGACAAGGCCCGCCAGCCCAUCGAAAAGAACGACCACAACUCUGAACUUCACGACGAGCAACAAAAUCCCAGGUCCCACGAUAUCGAGGUUGCCUAGAUUUCAACCUGAACGACAUGAACGUGUUCGAUCCAAUCUCGAACCUGUCUCGGAAACCGGCGCAGCAAUCUCGUCAUAUCAACGUCCCAGUUCUCGACUUGGAAACCACACAUCUGUCUCAGCAAUCCCCGCUCCUUCGACUCCUUCGACUCCUUCGACUCCUUCUACGCCCAGCAGACGACUUCUCCGGGGCGCUGAGUCACGACCCGAUCUGCGCUACCAGCAAUCCACAACCACUAAUGCUGAUUUAUUGCGUGCGAAAAGGUCCAUGCCCGUCAUGCGCGGUAUGCAGUCACCCACCAAGACCCCUUCGUCAUAUGCUAGACCUCCUUCCAGGCAAGAAGCAGGUAGCCGUCUCAAUAUCCCAUCGCGGCCGAAGACUCCAACAGAUCGUGCCGAGUCACGCAUCGGAGACACCAGGAAGCCCGCAGUGCCAUUUCUGCCGGCAGGUGCAUCAGCCGGCCAGUCUCAGCACAUCAGCAUCAAACCCACGUCCACACGUCACUAUCGUGGGCAAGGGUCAGACGGAUCAGGAGACAGUAUGUCUGCUGCGCAGAGGUCCUUGUCCCGUCUUGCUGGUCUAGGCAGACCUGAGACACCUGGGCGUGGUGGACGCAGUAAUCUUGCUCCUGCCGAACUGGCCGCACAAGCUAAAAAGACAAUCACCAAGCCGGCCAGGCGACGAAACUACGGUGACGGGAGUGAACUUGAAAUUUUCGACGACCUUCCCACGUCUGCCACUCUCGAGUCCAAGUUCACCAAGACACCAAUUGGUCGCGGUGCGCCACGAAGUCUACGAAGUAAACUUGGUCUUUCACACUUGAAUCCGUCUACUUCAUCACUCGGCAGCACAAGACGUGGAAGCGACACACCCACCCCAGCCACACCACUCUCACCACCCAAGAGCGACUUUCCCACAACAGCUCUCAAUACAACCAACAUCCCCCGCUUUGCCCGCGAUACCGCCGCGUCUCGUAACGCCCGCGAGCAGCGCCAAAUCUCGAUGACUUUCCAGAACAUGCGCGGCGAGCCACUGCAGCCGAUCUCAACAAACUGGAAAUCGGCCACGGCAGCCUCCCGCCAGAACCAAGGAGGCAGUCUGAGGAAGAAGAAGAGUGAAAAGAUGCAGCAGAAGCCGCAUCUCAUCAAGCCUCUGGGCAACGACGUCAAUAGACCUAAGACGGAGAAGGGCAUGCACUACAACCCCUUGCUCUUUAGGUGGGAAGGGAACGAGAAUGCGUUGGCACCGUUUGAUGUGCCAGAUUUUCAUCCCAGAGGGGGCAGUCCUCAAGGAAAUGGCGGCCAAGGCCAGGCAAGUCCCGGGACUAAGGCAAAUCUAGCAUUGAUAUCCAAUGUCGGAUCGAGCGUGACGGGCGUUCAGGUCGUGGGCGGCAUGGUGUUCGAUCCGAGUCAGAUGCGCUGGCUGAAGUUGGCAGAGAACUCGGACGGUACGACGGCCGGGCUACGGGGUGGUAGUGUACAAAUCGAGGAAGAAGAGGAUGUUUUUGCAGGGUUGGAGGAUCUGAAGGAAGAGGAUGAGACCAGGAGUCGCAGUGGGACCUUGCAGAUGCAGGGUAUGGGUAUGCAGAUAGGUGAAGGGGAACGAGGCUCUUUUGGCGACGCGGAUGGAGGCCACAGCAGUGGUGACGAGUGGGGGUUGAGUGAGGAGUUUGAUGUCGGGCCUGAGUUUGUCAGGCGGCAGAGGAACGAAGAAGAACGUUGGCGUCGGAAGGUGGAGAAGUGGUUGAGACGGGAUGGAGAGGAGGAAGAGUAUGAAGGCCCGGAUCGGUCGGGUGGGUGGAGGUGGGCUCUUCGAGAGCUCGUCAUGGCGCAGGCUGAAUGAGGAGAGGAGAGCGUGCGUUAUAUGAUACAAAGCACAGGAGAUGGUGAGGUGAAGUGGUCAGAGACUCUGUGCCGACCACUUAUCACUAGCGCGCGAAGAGAGAUUGGUGAACUUUCGAAAGUAAAAAAGCCCGGGGAAAAGUCCUUUCUCUGCUUUAUUCUCAUGACGAUGAGUAUCUCUCUUUUCUAUGAGAGGUACACUUAUGACGAAAACAUGGUUAUGAUUGAUUAUA